AAAUGGCCCUGUUGGCUUCCCAUACAUCCUAAGAACGUUGACCGGAGAAGUGUCAAAUUCACGCGAUCUCAGUAGUGCGAGAGGUGUACUGUAGUCGUCUUCAGGACACCUUUGGAACUACCAAAAUCAAUGCGAUAUUCCUCCGUCGUUAAAUUGCAGCAGAGCAUGGAGGCGCUAACGUUUGGACUAACUCUUGUUCGACAUGGGGAGACAAAGUACAAUAAAGAAGGCCUGCUACAAGGUCAGCUCAUAGACGCUCCCCUGUCUGAGAUCGGGCUGAAGCAGGCCGAGGCCGCAGGUUGUUACCUGAAAGAUGUCGUGUUCAGCAAUGUGUUUGUCAGUGACAUGCUGCGGGCCCGCCAGACUGCUGAAACAAUAAUGAAACACAACACCAGUUGUCUCGGUCUACAAGCGGUUUGUGACCCUUUACUUAAAGAGAAAAGCUUUGGGAUAGCGGAGGGGGGGCGGGUGCAGGACCUGAGAGAGAUGGCCAAGGCAGCUGGUCAGGCUUUCCUAGACUUCUCCCCUCCAGAGGGGGAGACUCAGGAGCAGGUGAAGGAGCGGGUCAAAGAGUUUAUGGAGAAAAUGCUCCAGAAAAUUGGUGCCGAACACUGGCAGGACAGAGGGGAGGAUGAAACAAGCUCAUCUAAUCUAGCAGAAAAUUCUGUGGAGGAGAAGGCAGACGACGGGGUGAGGGGCGUCCCGGUCCAUGCUCUGGUCGUCACACAUGGGGCCUACAUGUGCGUGGCCCUGCGCUUCUUUGUGGAUGAGUUUCAUUGUUCCGUGCCUCCAGGUUGUAGCACAGCACAUAUGUUCUCAUUGAGUCCAAACACAGGUCUGUGUCGGUUCAUACUCACUGUGAGAAAAGAGGACAACAGGUUCAAACUGUCAGGGAUCCGCUGUGUGUUUGUCCAUAGAGGGGACCAUGUCCAACAGUAGGAGCUGAGGUGUUUCAGAAAUGAAUAUGAGAAGAAGAGGAGGAAAAGCGAGACACACAAUGUGGAAAUAAGUAUGUUUUGAAGUUAAAUAUAAAAAUAAAAAAAGAUGUAGGUCAAGUAUUUAGGUGCAGUUUAUUUUCAAGAUUAUUUCUUCCUCCAAUUAACAUCAAGUUAUUUCACUAUUUGUUUUUCUAGUUAAUCACAAUAUCCAAUAUUAAUAAGUCAUACCAAUACCAGUGAAAUUCAAUGAUGAAUUUGAAAAACAAAUGUACUGUACUUAAAAACCGUAUUUGUUUCCCACAGUGAAAAUAUAACUGAAUAGAUGAACUCAUCAUAAUGUAAUUCAUGGAACUGGCUUGUUUUAACACAAAUUAGUGGUUUAUUAUGUAGCAUUAUCGCAGAAGAUCUCUGUGUAUGGUAUAAUCUUGGGACACAUUCUAUGAAACUAAGCUUGGAGUGGAGGAGUUUAAUAGUUUAAAUUCGAUGUAGCCAAUACUAAUCAGAUAAAUAACGCCUUAAUCAGCCUCCAUACAAAUCGUUGAGAUCGGAUUGGGACAUCCCUAUUCUUAAAUUCUAAGUAUCUCUAAAAAUCCAAAUAUAGAAUACUUGAAUAAUUAUUCAGAAAUCCAGCAAGAUAUUGAUUACAUUUCAAAUUAACACACGUUGCCUGAUUAGAAGGAAAAAAAGCAUUUAAAUGCUGUGUCAUGCUUCAAGCGCUAUGUCACUGUCGGGCUGUUCAUUACUGUAAACGUGGGCAGCUUUGUGCUCUAAUGAGUCCAUGUUUCUAUAUUUACUCUCCGGAAGUUCACAGAUCCUACGUAGGAGCACGAAGCAGAACUUCUACAAUGUUGACUUUUUGGAAAUGAGUGACUCUGUCAUUGUUGGGAAUUAACACCUUGGUCAACAAGGGCAAGUGUAUGCAAAGUUGCAUACAUGCUACAUUUGUUUUGUGGCAUGUACAUUCACUGUCACCCUACUUGUCAUUGCACUCUGAAAUGAUUUCUUGACUAUUGAACUGGAUUGUAUGAAAAAAUACGUAUUCAAUGGCUCUUGCUUCUGUGAUUACAUAAUUGAAAAAGUUAAGUAUGAGUUAAGUGAAAGUUAAGUAUCUGUGGAAACUUACCAACAUUGAGAUAUUUUCCCAAAAAAACUCCUCAUCAUAUGGUGCUCCUCAUUGGUUCAUCUUCCCAUCAUAUAAAUCUUUGAUUCUUACAUUAUUUGUCCAGGUCUAAUAUUUGCCAGUUACAUAACCAAUGUGCUGUGUGCUUAAUCACCAUGUGAUUGUUGUGGCCUUUCCUUGCGGACUGCAGCAAGAUAUUUGUUUCUGCAAAGAUGAUUUCAAACGUUCUAGUGAAUCUUUGAUAAAGCUUUUAAUGGUAUUUAGCUUCAAUGAAUUUCAAUGAAAAUGUAAAUGUUACAUGAAAUAAAAGGAGUUCUUAUUUUCUUUAAUGUAACAAUGAAUGUAAUUUAUUAUAUAUAAGCAACAACUAAAAAGGACUUCCUUAUAUUCUAUCCGUAUCAGAACAAAAAAAUACAACUGGGAAAAAUAUAAAUAAUAGAACAGUAGACUAAACAUGAAGUAAUUUUAAUAAAUAAAUACCUUUCAUCACUGUGACUAUUGGUGUCCGGCACCUGACAUAAUUGCAUUGUAAUCAUGACUGCGUUGCAGCUGGGAGCGACAGAUUAUCCAUGUCUUCAGUUUGCUCUAUUUUGGUCUAGUUCUAAACUCCUGUUAUGGAGCAUUACUGUAUCAACACAUGUACAUACAAAUAUUCAGAAUUACUUACAGAUUACACGCCUUUUUACAUAUGCAAAACAAGCAUUGCCACAUCUGACCCAAGGUUUAAAAUUUAACUGAGGGAAGAGGUCAGCAGGACGUGGGACCAAACUCUGCAUGGUCAUGUUGAACGUUGACAAACUUUUUCUCCAUCUGCUGUUCAAACAGCACAUCUGUACACGCUGCUGUUAUAUAACAGGAGCACAUUACCAAGCCUUUUAGUACCAUUAAAACAAAUUCUGAAAAUGUAGAUUCAAGGAUCUUUUUUCAGAAGUUGUGAAAUAUUGAAAUCCCUUUUGUUUGUGUCUUACUGACUCUGCAGCGUUAGAGGUAUCUAACCCCCCUGCAGUCAAACACAGGGACUUUACAGAGCAUAAAGACUUGCAGCCCCUCUUGAUUUUUCACACACUGAACACAAGUUCAGUAUCUUAUUCUUUUUCUGCUAGGUCUGCAAUAUUAGUCUUGACAGGACUGACGGGCCCGUUGGGCUGGAGGACCCGCAGGGGGUCGUCACAGGAAUUGAUGGUCUCCUUGGAGACAGCGCCGGACUGGUCCUGUUCCGGCUGCCCGAUAUCCGCAUCCUGGUGAUCCGUGGCCGAGUGUGAGGGCUGAGAUCUUAACGGGUCAGAGGGGUUCACCACCUCGCUCCUCCUGUGUCUCAGGGGACCCAGGAGCCGCUCCACGAAGCCAGAGGAGGGUCCAGGGGGCUCCUGGUGAGCGCCUCUCAGCUCAUCUGCCUGCGGUUUGAACAGCCGGCCCCCACUUGUGGAGUAAAACACGUCAAGAUGGUUCGACAGAUCUAACCAAAUGCGCUGGAAGAGACAAUCUUCUCUGUCCUUUUGCCUCUGUUUGAUAAAGAACAAGCAGACCAAAUGUGUUGAUGUUAAUGUUGCACUCAUUUCCUGACAAAAGAAGUGCAUCUAUUAAAAAUACUAAAAAUAC